AUGAAGGUGAAGUUUGCGGUGCUGGGGGACGCGUUCGUGGAUGUGGUGGCGGGUUCGCUGGCACCCGACCAGUUGCCACAGUGGGGAAGCGACGUGGAGUGCUCGCGACCUAUUGAGCUGCAACCUGGCGGCUCAGCACUCAACACUGCCACGCACCUGGCCAACCUCAGCAUCCUCAACCCGCACCAUGAGCUGCAAGUGUCGCUACACACCGCCGUUGGCAACGACUCGUUCGCGAACGUGUUGAAGACGCAUCUGGCCGACCGCAACGUAGUACUGAGCUCCCCCAUGCUAGACAACGUUCCCACGGGCGUUUGCAUUGUUCUUAGUGGAGCGAACGACCGUAGUUUCAUCACACACUACGGAGCCGCCCACAAGUUCAGCGUUGAGCAUAUUGACGAGAAGAUGGUGCUCUCGGCGGAUCAUUUGCACAUUGGAGGAUAUUACAGCUGCGCCAGUCUGCGAUCGAAGAUGAAAUCACUGCUUCAAAAAGCGAAAGAGAACGGGAUCACCACUUCGCUUGACAUAAACUACGACUCGUCGGAGCAAUGGGACGGUCUGGACGAGCUGUUCCCGCUAAUCGACGUAUUUUUGCCGAAUGAGGUCGAAGCCAUGAAGAUCUCUCACACCGAAUCGGUGAACGCAGCGAUGGCGUACUUUACUGAGCGCGUUAAUGGGGUGACGGUGAUUAAGGUGGGCGCUGGUGGAGCUAUUGCUUAUUGCUCCAAGACACAGCAGCAGUGGAAGCAAGGGUGCUUCCCUACGGGGGUCGUGGAUGUUACAGGUGCUGGCGACUCCUUCAAUUCCGGUUUUCUCUGUGCAUGGAAGACAAAUGAUGGAGAUGUGGGUGAUGCGCUGCGAUGGGGCUGUGGAACAGCUUCCCGAACGGUUGCUGCACUCGGAGCGUGCUCCUUCCCUCUGACAUACGAGGACGUACAGAGAAUUGUGACGGGUUAA